AUGGGAACUAUUACUGGCCUACAUGGUUUCGACAAUAAUGUUAAAACGAGUCAGUGUCCCACUGAAUCUACCAACUGCUUCGGUGCAACAAUUACUGUCAACAGUACUACAGUGAAGGUUAAAAGUUGUGCUCCAGCUGUCUGUCCAAGUGGAUCCAUCAACCUUGGCAUUGGAAAAGGCUCUUCUCUGUGCUGUAACACUGAUCUCUGUAAUGCCCAAGAUGCUCCAGAUCCCAGCACUAACGCUCCCAAUGGAAAGACGUGUUACUCUUGUGAUGGACAGAGCUGCUUAAACACAGUGAGCUGUUCAGGGACUGAAGACCGCUGCUUUAAUGCAACAGCGAGUUUCGGAGGUCAACCAGUGGCUGUUAAAGGUUGUGCCUCUAAAUCUAUUUGUGAUGUCCCAAACUUGAUUCCUACUGUGAAUGAUGUCUCAUGCUGUUCGGGGAACCUGUGUAACGGUGCUCAGAGUGUCACUCAGAGCUUCCUGUUCCUCUGCUGUUCUCUGCUCUCCUUCAUCCUGCUGCACUGAAUCCAGCAGCUCUACACAUUCUGC